AUGCGCUUCGCCGGCAGCGCCGGCUCCCCCCGGGCCGUGCCUUCGCCCAGGAAUGGCAGCCGGUGGCCAGCGGCGGAGCCCGGCGGCGGCAGUAGCCCCAGUCCCGAGGUGUGGUCAGGGUCGCCGAACGGCAGCCUGGGCGGCUGGGACCCCUUCGGGAGGGACGAGGAGCUGGCGAAGCUGGAGAUCGCGGUGCUGGCCGUCACCUUCGCUGUGGCAGUGGUGGGGAACGCCAGCGUGCUGCUGGCCCUGCGGCGUACGCCGCGCAAGGCUUCCCGCAUGCACCUCUUCAUCCGCCACCUCAGCCUGGCCGACCUGGUGGUAGCCUUCUUCCAGGUGCUCCCGCAGCUCUGCUGGGAGGUAACCCACCGCUUCCACGGCCCCGACGGGCUCUGCCGCGUCGUCAAGCACUUGCAGGUCUUCGGCAUGUUCGCCUCCGCGUAUAUGCUGGUGGCCAUGACCGCCGAUCGCUACAUCGCUGUCUGCCACCCGCUGAAGACGCUGCAACAGCCCACCAAGCGCUCGUACGGGAUGAUCGCGGCGGCCUGGGCGCUCAGUCUGCUGCUCAGCACCCCACAGUACUUCAUCUUCUCCCUCAGCGAAGUGGAGCGCGGCUCGCAGGUCUACGACUGCUGGGCACACUUCAUCAUGCCCUGGGGGCCCCGCGCCUACAUCACUUGGAUCACUGGCGGCAUCUUUAUCGCUCCUGUCCUCAUCCUCAUCAUUUGCUACGGCUUCAUCUGCUACCGCAUCUGGCGCAACGUGCGGGGCAAGACGCGCCCAGGGGAGGCGGCAGCAGCUGGUGGCGGGCGGCGGGCGGGUGAUGAUGGUGGCCCGCGACGAGGGCUGCUGCUCGCCCCUUAUGUCAGCAACGUCAAAACCAUCUCCCGCGCUAAAAUCCGCACCGUCAAGAUGACCUUCGUGAUCGUCUCAGUGUACGUCGUUUGCUGGGCGCCCUUCUUCACCAUCCAGAUGUGGUCCGUCUGGGAUCAGCGCUUCCCCUGGGUCGAUUCUGAAAACACUGCGACAACUGUUACCGCUCUGCUGGCCAGCCUGAACAGUUGCUGUAACCCGUGGAUCUACAUGUUCUUCAGUGGGCACCUCCUCCAAGACUGCCUACAGAGCUUCCCUUGCCAAAAAAUAAAGCAAACGCUGAGUAAAGAAGAUUCAAAUAGCAAUAGCAAGCGACAGACUUCUUUCAGUAACAACAGAAGCCCAAUUUCCAGCCUAAACACAUGGAGAGAGAUGCCCCACGCCAAAUCAACCAGCUUCAUUCCCAUUCCAACGUGA